AUGCGGGAUGCAUCUAGUUUCUGGGGCUGGUCACUGUGGAUUCCAGCCAUCGUCUGUUUUGCCAACCUGCUACAGAAUAUCUUCUACUUUUGGUGGGCUCGUUCAAGGCCAGAGUGGACUCACAUGCCAACCGGCCAGAAAGCAAAGCGACUUGAGAAAAAGCGCCUGAAAGAGCAAGCCAAUGGCCAAGUGAUCACCGACACGGCAUCCGUUACGAGCCGAGCCAGCUGGACAAGUUAUAUUCCCGACUGGAGGGUGUUGACACGCGUGCCACGUUUCUUCUGGCUCGUGGUAUGUACCCAGAUACUCCAGGCUGGUGUAGUCGGUGGCUUCAGCGGCCUCAAUGUUGACAUCAUUCGCGUGACCCAAGGCUCUACUGAGCAGAUUGCUGGCUACACCUCCGCCGUUCAGCAAGUGAUACCUGUUGUCUGCGCACCCAUGGUCGGGACCUACUUCAACUUCUUUGGACACAGGAUGCUCUUCGUUAG